GGGGAACGCUGCAGAAUGUUCGUUGGACAGAACGACCUACUGUCGAACUAGGAAGACUUCUGGUUGAAGCAUUUUACCAAGAAGACAAUGGCAGGUACGUCUCGGCACGACCGCGAGAUGGCGAUGAACGCCAAGCAGAAGCUGUCCACGUGCGCAGACCCCGUGGAGCGCCUGAGACUGCAGUGUCUGGCCAGAGGGUCUUCCGGAAUCAAGGGGCUCGGCAGCAGGACCUUUAAGAUAAUGGACGACGAUAACAACCGCACGUUGGACAUGAAGGAGUUCAUGAAGGGUCUGAACGACUACGGAGUCCUCAUCGAGAAGGAGGAGGCCAUGAAGCUUUUCCAGCACUUUGACAGGGACGGCAGCGGGUUCAUCGACUUCGAUGAGUUCCUUCUCACGCUCAGGCCGCCCAUGUCUAACGCCAGAAAGGAAGUGAUCAUGCAGGCCUUCCGGAAGCUCGACAAGACAGGCGACGGGGUGAUCACGAUCGAUGACCUGAAAGGGGUGUACAACGCCAAGUGCCACCCCAAAUACCAGAACGGGGAGUGGACAGAGGAGCAGGUUUUCCGAAAGUUCCUGGACAGCUUUGACUCUCCCUACGACAAAGACGGACAGGUCACCAAAGAAGAGUUUUUGAACUACUACUGUGGAGUCAGUGCCUCUAUCGACAGUGAUGCGUACUUCAUUUUGAUGAUGAAGAUGGCCUGGAAACUAUGACUUCUACAAUCUAUAUGGAACUUAAAAUAUAUAUUUUAAGAGCUGUUAUCUCACCGCUGUUUACCAGGACAUAAUGAAGAAAUGUGAAAGGUGUUUAACUUAUUUUCGUGUAAAACCAAUUUUGAUUAUUUGGGUUUUUGACAUGUUGUGCAAAUGAAGAAAGUUGUUAAUACCAUGUUAGCAUUUCAGAAUCAAUAGGGCUUUUCAGUAAACUUUUCUUGGCCGUCUACAUUCCUAUAGGUUUUCAUUUCAACCCUGAAUUGAUACACCUGAUUGUAUUAAUCAGCAGCACAAUGAGAUCUCUGUUGAACGAGGUGUGCUUUGUUUGGAUUGGAGUGAAAACCUACAGGACGGUAGCUCUCCAGGAACAGGGGCUGGGCAUUCCUGGACUAGAGGAAUGUUAGCAGACCAGACCAGCAGUACAAACUGGGUAAGGUUGCAUUGUCUGCAGGUAGUCAUGUUCUCUAAACGCUGAAAGGUUAUGAGAUAGUAAGACCAGCAGCUCUUUAGGUUAGGAAACAAUGGGACAACCGUUUGUGGGCAAUGUGUGUGCUAGUUUAUCUGUUCCUUUUCUCUUAGAGGGGAAUACUUAAGUGAUUAUGUGGCUUACAUUUGCAGAAGCAAACUGCUGAAACUUCACUCAUUUUGUCAGUAUGCAAAUUACCAUUCUGUACAGUAUAUCUGAGUACUGUAAGUCCAGCUUAUUAAACUUCACUGAUGGCUGAUAGGUACAGUACAAACAAGACUAAUGUCAUCUUUUUGUGGUCUGUAAACAGCCUACUUGCAAAAUAUGUAACUAUAUACAGUAUGUACAGUGAAAUAUAAAAAAAACUGCAUUAAUAUAAAUCAAGAGAAUGAUCACAGAACACUUCUCAAUGGACAUUCUGUAUGAUGCACUAUUAAAGUUCUUUGGCUAAUUGUAGAAAAACUACACGUUACUAAAAGUGCUAGUAGCAUGGACACAAUUAACUGAGAUUGACUUCUGCAUGAAUUCUACGUAUAAUCACAUACAUUUUUGGAUACUUGACUUGACAACCUUUUACAGUUGUACAAAGAGGUAUAUUUUCAGAUAAUUUAUUGAAAAUAGGGGAAGAUGUAAUAGUUUUAACAGAAAUUAUAGGACAUUGUGGUAGAUGUAGUGUUUUUUUCCAACAACAAUAUGUUUUCAGACUAAGUUUAACAUGAUGCAUGAAACCAUUAAAAUCUGUUUCAUCUUGAGAACAGAUUUCCAUGUAGCACAGCAGUUGGCUAUGCAGAUUUUUACCCCGAAGGUUUGAAUCAGUUCAUGCACUGAAGCUACAACAUGAAAUAAUAUGCUUGUGGUAAGUUUACAUUUGGUGUAAAUGAACACAUACACACAAUUGUGCACACACACAAACAUGCACACACAUUAUCAUGGCAGGCCCCUCUGAAAGAAAGAUUGGAAACGACACCUCCGUUUCAGUAGGAACUCCCUGUAUAACUAUGUAAAAUAAUAGGUAAAAAUCUGUACAAAUAUGAACUUUUACAUAUACAAAACAUAGGGACUUUCCUGAAAUUGCUUUCCAUCCAGGACUCAAACCCGGAUUUGUACUUUUCCCUUCCGUGUGCAGCGGAUGAUAUAAUUUCAUAUCGGCAGAUGAUCUGUUGAGUUUGUGCUCUUGUUGCAUCACGGGAGUGCUCUCCCUACUCUUAAACUGAAAUAUGCUCAAAAUGACUCGUACAGAAAUGCUGCAAAAUGCUCAUGCAGUGUACAGAUGCAGCAGUUGUGGCAGUGAAGGAAAGGAUUGUGCCAGUUCUGUGUUCAAUGCCUUGGUGUCUGCUGCUCUUUCCUUGUUUGGGGCACAUUCAUAUUCAUUAACUGUAUCUCUAGCCCCAAAAUGCCUGCAAUGCUUGCAGCCUUAAAUCAUAGCAUUUACUGUUGUCAGUGUUAAAGUGUGUUUCACUGCUGUACUACAAUCAAUGCGUCCUGUUCUUAUAAUUGUAGAUAUUGAAAUGCCAAAUAAAGAUCUUAACCAUGGUAUAGCAAUGUUCAUAAUUUACUUACAUGUGUGUUGGGUUAUUACAGGGACCAGACCACCACCAGACUGG